AUGCCACGGGGUCAGCUGUCAGAUUUACAGUUCAGACUUGCUGUUCAAAAGGUGAAGAUCGCAUUUCAGUGUCUUGGUCUCUCAACCAAUGAUAUUCAAAAUAUCUGCAAGCAGAAAACUUUUCCGACGAAGGAACUUCAAAGUGUUUUGGAAAACGUUAAGAUCCUCUACCAUGAACUCCGUGAAACCAACGUGAAACUACAAACCUUUAAAGAGCAAAACCGUUUCCUUACAGAAACACAUCAACUCCUUGAAGAAGAUAAUCAGGUCCUUCAACACCAGCAUCAAGUCCUCGAAGAACAGCACCAUAUCCUUGAGGAACAGUUACAUAGUGAUGUUUCUUCAUUCUGCAUUCUUCCGCCUAAACCAUCGCACGAAAUCGCACCUCGCGAGAGCGAGGUUGACAAAAUAGCAAAAGAACUUGAACGACUGAGAGAAGCAAAUGAAAAUGGUUUGAGUUACUUAUAUGUUUGGGGUAACCCUGGAAGUGGCAAAUCUCAACUAGCCGGUCUGGUAGCUCAACACUUUUACGAAACAGCUAACAAAGACCCCAAAACCCCCACAUUCAUAAUGACUCUUAACGCUGAAAGUUCAAAAACGCUCCUGGAAUCGUACGCUUGUUUGGGAAGACAAAUCAAGUGCCCUGAAUACACAAUCAUGCAAACCCUUAACUCAACAGAUAUGCAGUUUGAACAACAAAUCAACAAUCUAAAAGAUUUGAUAGCAACCAAAAUACCUCUUUACGGAUCGUGGCUCUUGGUGGUCGACAAUGUUAGCUGUUUAUGUGAUGUACAUGAUUUUCUCCCUCGGCCUGGAAACCACCUGUGGACGAAAGGCCAGCUACUUAUCACAACACAGAACUCUGCAUUAAUCCCCUCUGAAAGCUCAUUUGUCUCUCACAUCUCAGUGAGUGGAGGCAUGGUUCCCACAGAUGCCCGUUGCUUUUUAGCGAAGGUUUCUGGUAUUAGACAACAAGGAAUGGAGGAUAAAAUUGCGAAAGCAUUAGAUUACCAACCCCUGGCGCUGGCUAGUGCGGGCGUUUACAUGAAAAAGGUUCGUGAAAGUAAAGUUGCCAGAAGCUUUGGAUGGAAGGAGUACUUAGAAAAGCUAGAAAGAGGUAUGCGAGCCCUUACUGAAAAGGAACUGACAAAAACCAACCCAAGCUACAGGAAGUCCAUGACUGUCGCAACCAAGCUGGCCAUUGAAAGAGCGAUUAACAGUGACAGUGUUGUUAAAAGCGCGUUUACACUCCUUUCCCUUUGUCCUCCACAACCAUUGCAUUUAGACAUCCUUGUAAACUACAUUUUGAACGAUAAAAAUCCGCAUUUGGAUAGAGAAGAAAUCGCUCUUCAGAUCCAAGGCUACUCUCUUCUUAUGUUCGAUGAGAGAGAAAGUGGAAGUUUUGUUAGUGUGCAUCAAGUUGUGCAUGAAGUCAGUAAAUCUGUAAUCAAUGAGUGUCAGAAGAAUGAUGAACACGUUCGAAGUGUUGCACUAACUGCAAUGUCCUUCAACCAAUUCAUAGACAUUCAUCUACCACACACUUGGAAUGAGGUUAACUCUAUUCGUGAUAGUGAGCAUCUCAUUCCACACUUGACUACGUUCGCUGCAGAAGUUGAAAAGGUCUUUCCCCACGAAGAUAAAUAUCAAGUUACCGAAGAAGACGUUUUCAACUAUUCCAAUAUAUCACAAUGUGUCAAAAGGCUUGCAAUUAUUUGCAUGAAUCACCGUGAAUUUUCAAGUGCAAAAGUUUACUGUGAAACAGCUUUGAAACUGGUUGAAAAGGAUAAGCAGAGAGGCAACUGUGAGUAUCCUAGAGACGUUGAGUUAAAAGAACGUGGACCCACGGAUGAUGCCCUCGUGAAAAUUUGCAAUUUGCUGGGUCUAGUUCAGCGUAGAUUAGGUGACUUAAAAAGUUCUAUGGAGAAUCAUAAACGUGCCCUAGACAUUCAGCUAAAAAAUCUUGGACCCCAGCACGUUGAUGUGGCAAACUCAUACCAUCAUUUAGGUAAUGUACAGCACGACUCGGGUAACCUGAAACAGGCCAUGAAGUACUAUGAACAUUCUUUGGAAAUCCAGCUGGAGAAUCUUGGUCAUGAUCAUAUUUAUGUGGCGUUUUCAUUGGCUAACAUGGGUGUAGUGGAAAGAAAAGUAGGAAACCUGCAAAAGGCUAAGGACCAUUUUGAUUGUGCUUUGGACAUUAGGUUGAAAAAGCUUGGACCCGAGCAUGUUGAUGUUGCGAAUACUUACUAUAGAUUGGGUGAUGUACAGCGUGAAUUGGGUGACCUGCAUAAGUCCAAGCAGUAUUUUGAGCGAGCUUUAGACAUUCGGUUGAAAAGGCUUGGACCCGAGCAUGUUGAUGUUGCGAAUACGUACUAUAGAUUGGGUGAUGUUCAACGUAAAUUGGGUGACCUGCAUAAGUCCAAGGAGUAUUUUGAGCGAGCUUUAGACAUUCAGUUGAAAAGGCUUGGACCCGAGCAUGUUGUUGUUGCGAAUACCUUCUUUAGAUUGGGUGAUGUCCAGCGUGAAUUGGGUGUCCUGAAAAAAUCUAAGGAGUAUUUUGAGCGAGUUCUAGACAUUCGGUUGAAAAAGCUUGGUCCCGAGCAUGUUGAUGUCGCUCUGAGUUACUUCAAGUUGGGAAACGUUGAACGCGAAUUGUGCAACCUUGUGCAGGCCAAAGAACAUUUAGAAUGUGCUCUACACAUUCGAAUGAAAGAACUUGGUCCAACAGCCUAUGCCCUUGUGGCUAUUUACAAUUUACUAGGUCUGGUUCAGCGUCAGUUAGGAAAUUUUAAAAAUUCCAAGGAGAAUCAUGAACGUGCUCUAGACAUUCAGCUAAAAAAUCUUGGACCCCAGCACGUUGAUGUGGCAAACUCCUACCAUCAUCUAGGUAAUAUACAGCACGACUCGGGUAACCUGAAACAGGCCAUGGAGUAUUAUGAACGUGCUUUGGAAAUCCAGCAGAAGAAUCUUGGUCAUGAUCAUAUUUAUUUGGCGUUUUCGUGGUUUAACAUGGGUGUAGUGGAAAGUAAAGUGGGAAACCUGCAAAAAGCUAAGGACCAUAUUGAAUGUGCUUUGGACAUUAGGUUGAAAAAGCUUGGACCCGAGCAUGUUGAUGUUGCGAAUACUUACUAUAGAUUGGGUGAUGUCCAGCGUAAAUUGGGUUUCCGGCAAAAGUCUAAGGAAUGUUUUGAACGAGCUCUAGACAUUCGGUUGAAAAAGCUUGGUCCCGAGCAUGUUGAUGUCGCUCUGAGUUACUUCAAGUUGGGAAACGUUGAACGCGAAUUGUGCAACCUUGUGCAGGCCAAAGAACAUUUAGAAUGUGCUCUACACAUUCGAAUGAAAGAACUUGGUCCAACAGCCGAUGCCCUUGUGGCUAUUUACAAUUUACUAGGUCUGGUUCAGCGUCAGUUAGGAAAUUUUAAAAAUUCCAAGGAGAAUCAUGAACGUGCUCUAGACAUUCAGCUAAAAAAUCUUGGACCCCAGCACGUUGAUGUGGCAAACUCCUACCAUCAUCUAGGUAAUAUACAGCACGACUUGGGUAACCUGAAACAGGCCAUGAAGCAUUAUGGACGUGCUUUGAAAAUCCAGCAGAAGAAUCUUGGUCAUGAUCAUAUUUAUUUGGCGUUUUCGUGGUUUAACAUGGGUGUAGUGGAAAGUAAAGUGGGAAACCUGCAAAAAGCUAAGGACCAUAUUGAAUGUGCUUUGGACAUUAGGUUGAAAAAGCUUGGACCCGAGCAUGUUGAUGUUGCGAAUACUUACUAUAGAUUAGGUGAUGUACAGCGCAAAUUAGGUUUCCGGCAAAAGUCCAAGGAGUGUUUUGAACGAGCUCUAGACAUUCGGUUGAAAAAGCUUGGUCCCGAGCAUGUUGAUGUCGCUCUGAGUUACUUCAAGUUGGGAAACGUUGAACGCGAAUUGUGCAACCUUGUGCAGGCCAAAGAACAUUUAGAAUGUGCUCUACACAUUCGAAUGAAAGAACUUGGACCAACAGCCGAUGCCCUUGUGGCUAUUUACAAUUUAUUAGGUCUGGUCCAGCGUCAGUUAGGAAAUUUUAAAAAUUCCAAGGAGAAUCAUGAACGUGCUCUAGACAUUCAGCUAAAAAAUCUUGGACCCCAGCACGUUGAUGUGGCAAACUCCUACCAUCAUCUAGGUAAUAUACAGCACGACUCGGGUAACCUGAAACAGGCCAUGGAGUAUUAUGAACGUGCUUUGGAAAUCCAGCAGAAGAAUCUUGGUCAUGAUCAUAUUUAUUUGGCGUUUUCGUGGUUUAACAUGGGUGUGGUGGAAAGUAAAGUGGGAAACCUACAAAAAGCUAAGGACCAUAUUGAAUGUGCUUUGGACAUUAGGUUGAAAAAGCUUGGACCCGAGCAUGUUGAUGUUGCGAAUACUUACUAUAGAUUGGGUGAUGUACAGCGUAAAUUGGGUUUCCGGCAAAAGUCUAAGGAAUGUUUUGAACGAGCUCUAGACAUUCGGUUAAAAAAGCUUGGACCCAAGCAUGUUGAUGUCGCCCAUAAUUACUUUAAAUUGGGAAAUGUAGAACGUGAAUUGUGUAACUUUCAGAAGGCUAAGGAACAUUUGGAGUGUGCUCUAGACAUUCAGUUGAAAAAGCUUGGUCCUGAGCACCUUGAAGUCGUGCACACUUACCAUAACUUAGGCAUGGUGCAUCGUGAAUUGAAUAAUCUGGGACAGGCCAAGAAAUAUCACCAACAAGCAUUGGCUAUACGCCUAAAAAAUCUUGAACCCGAACAUGUUGAUUUGGCGAGUUCUUUUCACCAUUUAGGUAAUGUGCAAUUUGUGUUCAAUAACAUGCAACAGGCCAAAGAGCUCUACGAACUUGCUUUAGACAUCCAAUUGAAGAAUCUCGAACCUGAUCAUACUUUUGUGGCAUUUUCCUACCAAAGUUUGGGUGAUGUACACCGUGAAUUUGGCGACCUGGAACAGGCCAAGGAGUACUAUAAACGUGCCUUAAACAUUCGACUGAGAAAACUUGGUCCCGAGCAUGUUGAUGUGAAGCGUAAGCAGAAUCAGUUGCGUAACGUACAGCUUGCCUUGGAUGACAUGCAACACAGCACGAAACGUUAAGAGGAGGCGGAUUUUUUCUUUCACUGUAAUUUUUCUAUUGAUCAAGUUCAGUCAAACGAGAAAAUGAAAAAGUAAUUUUCCUGCCAGGGAGUGAACGUUGUAAAAAGUUACUACUCAACCCUUCUCUUUUCACAACAAUCACUUAGUGUAGGAAUAGCAAGGCUGAAAUUGGCAAAUCAGGGACUACUCAUUAUCCAUAACCUUAGGAGGGUGGGGAGAAGGGGAAGCCAGAGGAUUUUAGUUGUGUCACAAUACAAUCUACCUGAUUACCCCCUCCCCUUCCUAAAGCUCUGUAGUAUUUUAAUGAUCCCCCAUCACUGCCAGUAAAUUUUCUAUGAUCUCUCUUUUAUACUCUGUCAGCGAUGACUGAUCCCCUCCAUUCUCACAAGAAACCAUGUGAUUCCAAAAAUCCUCCCAGUCUUCCCCUAGAGGAUUAAUACAUGAUUUGCACCUAUGUUUAAGACGAAUAGGCGCUUGAGGUAUAGAAUUUGAUAAUAGAAUAUUCUUGUGUGCCACUGGAAAUGCAAUAAAUAUUUUUUUCUGA